AUGCUAAAAGACUACUGCUGCUGCUUCUUUGAAGCCCAGAGCUCCGACGGCGACGGCGAUGUCGCCGACCGGGACCCGGUUCUUCUAGUGUCAGGGAUGGGCGGCACAAUUCUCAACUCAAAAAAUAAGAGUUUCGGGUUUGAGACCCGGGUUUGGGUGAGAAUACUAUUGGCUGAUUUGGAGUUUAGGAAGAAGCUUUGGUCCCUCUAUAAUCCAGAAACUGGCUAUACAGAAUCAUUGGAUACUAGUUCCGACAUAGUGGUGCCAGAAGAUGAUUAUGGGCUAUAUGCAAUUGAUAUUUUGGACCCUUCACUGUGGGUAAAAAUUCUACAUGUUACUGAAGUUUACCAUUUUCAUGAUAUGAUCGACAUGCUUGUUGGAUGUGGGUAUAAGAAAGGAUCAACAUUGUUUGGAUACGGCUAUGACUUCCGACAAAGCAAUAGAAUCGAUAAAACAAUGGAUGGUCUCAAAUCUAAGCUAGAAGAAGCAUAUAAAGCUUCCGGAGGGAGAAAAGUCAAUAUUAUUUCACACUCGAUGGGUGGAUUGUUGUUGACAUGUUUCAUGUGUCUUCACAAUGAUGUUUUCACCAAGUAUGUCAACAAAUGGAUUGCCAUUGCUGCUCCUUUUCAAGGUGCACCUGGAUGCAUCAAUGAUUCGCUAUUAACCGGAUUGCAGUUUGUUGAUGGAUUUGAAAGCUACUUUUUUGUGUCAAGAUGGACAAUGCAUCAAUUGGUAGUGGAGUGCCCUUCUGUAUAUGAGAUGUUGCCAAAUCCAGGAUUUAAGUGGAAAAAGGAACCUGAAAUUCAUGUAUGGCGAGCAAUGACCGAUGAUGAGGAAACUUCAGCUGUAAUGGAAUCCUAUGGUCCAAAUGACAGUGUGAAUCUUUUCAGCAAAGCUUUGCAGAAUAACGAGCUAAAUUUUGGAGGGAAAAAAAUAGCAUUGCCAUUUAACUUUUCCAUCCUUAAUUGGGCCCGUGGUACUCGCCAACUUCUCAAUGGUGCUCAACUACCCAAAAGUGUCUCUUUCUAUAGUAUCUAUGGGACAUCAUAUGACACGCCUUUCGAUGUAUGCUAUGGUACAGAAGCUUCUCCAAUCAGUAACAUCUCUGAUAUAUGCCACACGAUACCUGAAUACUCUUAUGUGGAUGGGGAUGGAACUGUACCUGCAGAAUCAGCAAAGGCAGACAAUUUUGAUGCGGUGGAAAGAGUAGGAGUCGCAGCUAGUCACAGAGCACUAUUACGAGACAAGAAAGUAUUUGAGCUUAUCCAGAAAUGGCUGGGAGUGGAACCACAGGUGAAGAAGAAGCUACAUUCGAAAACCUCUAAAGUCAUGGACGAUAACCCCCAUGAAUGCAAGAGGAAAGAUAUGCACGUCCUUCAAUGA